CAUGACAUAAGUAACUACGAUAAAUAGUAAAUACUAAAUGCACAAAUAACGAUUUAAGACAUUAGAGUAUUUGAAAAAGUUUAUGCAAUAAAAACAAUCGUUUUACAUUAUACGUGUAAAUAAAUGGAGAACUUACCAGCAAAAAGAAGUUAUGAAGAUGAUGAUAGUACAUCGAAUUCGAAAGAAAGAAAAAAGCUUAAUACUAGUCGGUACUUAACCUAUGACGUUUUAAGAAUUGUAUUUAAAUAUUUGAAUGGAAUGGAACUAUCGAACGCUUCAAUGGUUUGCAGGUGUGGAAACGUUCAUUAUUUAUAUAAAGUUCUUAUAUCUUAAAUGAAAGAAAAAUUCAUUGUUUAUUCAUCGUAGAAGUCUACCCAGUCGAGAGAUAAACAUUUGACAAAAAUCUUGGUUAGAAGUGGCAAAUGAUGAAAAACGAACAAGAGGAGGUCCUAUCUGUUUUAUAGAAAAUUUAGAAAUGGGUGUGGAAUACUUUAAUAUUCAAAUUACUGAAAAAUUAAGAAUCAAACCAACAUUAGGAUUAAUUUUUAAAGCUCCACGUAGAUUAUAUAGUAAACAAGAUUGCCAUUGUAAAAUACUUCCAAAAAAUUGUGAUGCAAUAACACUUGCCACAUUUGGUAUACUUAUCAAUAAUAAAGAAAUGGAAAGUGCUUUAGACAAUAUUGUAUGUGCAUUUUUACCUGAAAUACCAGAUGUAACAAUCACAAUUGUUGCAUUUUCAAAAGAUAAAGUACAACAUUAUAGACGAAUGAAAAAAGCUCUUAGCAGACAUGGAACUAAUGGAUCUAAAUGUCUUUUAUUAUUUUGUAAUCAAAGAGGUCGUGCUUUAGCACAAACAGCUGCAGGGGGACUACAAUUAUGUAACAAAACAGUUAAACCUUCUGUAUGGGGAGGAGUAGUCAAGGAUUUAUAUGUGUGUAAUUCAAAAAAUCCUACAAGUGAUGAUUGUGCUCAAUUUGCAUUUUGUGUUGGAAUUACUAUAGUUGGAUCAAUAGAUUCAUGGUCUAUAGUUAUGGAUGAAAGUUAUAAAACUAAAGAAUUAGUUGAACAGAGAUUAAAGUUAUUCAAGAGUCAUAUUUCUUUAAAAAAACAUUCCAUGGGUUAUUUCAAUGAUAGAAAUGAAAGGAAGCGUAGAAGCUUGCUCGGCCGUUUUUCCUCAGAAAUAAAUGCACGCGCGAAUGAUUCUGACCUUUUCAUGUGUUAUACUAUUAAAAAUGAUAAGGAAGAAAUCACGGAAUUGGGAUGUACUAAUAAUAAAAACUUUUGCGGUAAUAAUAAAAAUUGUAGCACAUGUAAAACAGACAACUGUAAUUCGGCAACAUCAAAUGUUGUAUUCGCUUCUAUGGUGUUCUCUUUGUCAGUAAUCAUGUUUUUCGUGAAGUAAAUUUGUCAAUCUAUUUAUUAUAAAGCACACUUUUUCGAGAAUCAAACAUGUAUCAAUCGAUUUUCUUCGUCUUUUCGUGAUCAACAUCGAUAUUUAAUUUAAAAGCAACAAAAUUUUAUAUAUCGUUAUUUAUAAUGUCAAAUUUCUGUGUUUGUGUCUAAUUGGCCAAUAAAAACUUGUUUUAUGUUACCUAAAUUAAA